UUCUCUGUAUGCAUGUCAUCAUUUUCUUAUCUUUUGUUUUCCCUCUUUAGUUCUGCAUUGUUUGCUGAUGCAUAUAUCUGUUAUUAUGAGCUGUAUGGUUGUAAUGCAUACACAGGAAGCUGGUAACUUGUUAUCCUCAGCUAACCAAAGAAUUGAAGAAAAUGCACCAAACUACCUUCGCGUUGAGUGGAUGACAAAGAUAACUGUGGGAUAUGGGUGGCUGUUGUUGUUCUUCCUGGAAACCUCAUCUGCACGGGACACCUGUCUAUUAUUAUUGUUCACCUGCUUUGGAAGAGAAUGAGUCUUUAGCACCUCAUGAUGGGUCAGCCUCUGCAAUGGCUGCAGUUCUGGUUAAUUUGAAUCUAGAAGUACCUGACACAUUUCGGCCACCUCCAGCACCUUUGCCGUAUGAUGUGGUCUUUGGGUAUCCACAUUCAAGUGAUUCAGAGUCUUUCAAGGAAACUGUCGGUGGAUGCAGUUUUGAGACACUGCCUACAUGUGAAGAUCUUGAGGAAUCAGACUGCAAAACACAAUCCGGUUCUUUACUUCUUUCACCAAGAAAACCAGAAGUCACAACAUUAGUCGAACCUAAUAAAUCUACAAUAGAGGAAGAUGAUACCUGUCCUAUUUGUCUUGAAGAAUAUGACGAAGAGAAUCCAAAACUGUUAGCAAAGUGUGAACAUCGUUUUCACCUCUCAUGCAUUUUGGAAUGGAUGGAAAGAAGUGACACCUGCCCUUUAUGUGAUCAGGAAAUGAUAUUUGACCAGACUUUUGAUCAGUAACUCUAUUCAAAAUGGAAUUCCUUUGUUGUUUGAGAGUAAAGCUUUCCACUAAAUAUGCUGCAGAUGCAUAUUAGUUUUUUGGUCCUGCAGCUGGUCAGGUGGUGUGCCCAUAAGAUUGACCUUUUACGAAGUGAUAAUGCAACUCGGGAUGUUGAUACUCUUCUUUUGAAUAUUUUCUCGUCAGUUUUUAGAUCAGCGGGAGAAAGUUGGUGUAAUUCUAUGGGGUAUCAAAGGGAUCGGAAUCAGUUUCUACGGAGCUUUGUUUGCAGAAUGAGAUUAUUUAACUGGUUUACUUGUUUGCAGAAUCAGUUUCUCCUCCCUAUUUCUGGGAGUGAAUGCUGUAGGGUACCUUUCUUUUGCUAUGGCUUUGUAAAUAUAUAUAUAUAUAUAUAUAUGUGUGUGUGUGUGUGUUCCACUUUAAAUGGAUUUAUGAUUGUGGAUGCUCAAUGUGUUAAUGAAAAUACACACUUAGAUCAAGCAAUUUGU